UAGGGUUAGGUCCUGUCCAACUAGCAAUCUGGUCAGACUUUUACUAAGAUGGUACUUAUCAAAUGAUACAAACCAUUAUCUUCGUACUUACCAGGCAGUAUUACAGUAAUAUAUAAUAAUUACAAAAAAAAUUGGUGAGAAUUACAGAAAUACCCAAACACCCAAUUGAAAAUUACCCAAGAAACUCUAGCUCGAUCCAGCCUUCACCUUUGACGCGAUAAUCUCUCACUGCUGACUCAGCAACUUUGAGCGGCAUUUAAUUCCGAGCGUCAAAAUCGAAUGUUUACGUUUGUUUACAAAUAUUAUUGAAAGUGUGAAAGUGAAAACAAGAAAAUACUAUGGCAGAAGUAAGGGCGAUUUUAAGUUUUAUAUUGUAUUUAUGUACAUAUAUAACAAACUAGAUAGUAGCUGUGUACAUUUUCAGUGUUUUAUAAGUCAAAAUUAUACGAACAUCUCAUGUUUCCGUAAACUGCAAUGUCACAUGCUGCCCAUAUGCCACGUCGAUGACAUUUUGACACAGCUGAUAGUUUCCGUACACUACAAAUUAUACAGUAAACUUUGAAGAUAUUCUACCCUAAACCUUACUGAUCUUUCUAUAUAUUUAACUUUGUUCUUUUGUUCCCUAUUGGCCUAUCAGUUCUAUACAAGAGGUCCAGAAAGUCCAUCCAGACCAUCCUUAUUCGUCCAGUAUUAUCCAUCUUAAACUACAAAGUACUCAACACUAUAAUCAAACAACUGCAAAUAUACAUCAAAUACUGCAUGUGCUACAACUCCCUUAUAUUUAUUCCGACUAAUAAAUAUCUGUUCUAUAACAUGUACUUAUUUACUGAAAAUUUUAAAUUUCCUAGAAUCAUAUUACAUCUGAUGAAUGUUGUCAGUUUCUGUUUGAUGAGAAACUUCUUAAGUCUAUAAAUUUUGAUGAAAGUCAAAAGCGACUAGAUAUAUCAGUCUCACCUUCAAAACUUGGUGAAAAUUUUGUCAUGAGACCACUGUCUGUUGGUGAUUAUGAUAAAGGUACAAAAUGGGUAUCCCACAAUUGUGGUCUUGUCCAUGGGGAACAAGUCUGCAAUUGUAUGAUGAAACCUACCUGAAUAUUCAAUUUUAUCCACCCCCAAACACAGAUUACAAACACAACUUUAUUCUUAAUCUUUAGGUUAUAUUGAUCUUCUUGCUCAACUCACAAAAGUUGGUGAUAUAACAGAAGAGAAAUAUCAGCGUAAGAUAAUUAUUACUCGCAGUUUAACGAAUCUGUGUUGAAACAUGCCUUGUAAACUAAUUAUAUAUUUAGGAAGAUUUAGAGAGAUGAAAGAAUGCCCAAACACAUACUACAUUGCCGUGAUAGAAAAUACAGACACAAGAAAAAUUGUCGCAGCUGCAUCGCUAAUUCUUGAACAGAAAUUUAUUCAUGAAAUAGCCAUGGUAUGAAACUUAAAUUUAUUUCCAACAUACUAUACUAGAUUUUGUUGUCCAAUUCAUUCUAGAUAACAUCUUCACACAUACUGUACAGAUUAUACUAGUAUACAGAGUACUUACAUAUGUAUUUUUAAAACAGAGAGGUCGUAUAGAAGAGGUUGUAGUGCACACUGAAUACAGAGGAAAGCAUUUUGGCAAAGUGUAAGUAUAUACAGUUAAAAUACUGGUAAUUAACACAUACUUAUUAAUCAACAGACACAAAUAACUAAAGUUACCAAACUGACCUCCAAAAGAUGAAAACUAACUAAUUAUAACCAUAUACUUUUCCUACAAAUAGGUUGAAAUGUUUUCUGUUUUAGACUUGUAGAAUCCUUGACUUUACUUGGGGGAAAACUUGGCUGUUACAAGAUCAGUUUGGACUGCAAAGAACCACUGAUUCCAUAUUAUAGCAAGUUUGGUUACAAGAAAGAGGAUGUUCAUUAUUUAGUGAACAGAAUAUAUCAUUAAUUUUGCUAGGCAUAAUGAAUUAGUGUAAAAUAUGCAAUUUAAAUAAUUAUAUGAAUAUAACUUAUUAAAAUUUUAAUAAUACAAAAAAUAUGGUAGUCUUUUGGUGACUCUAUUGCAGGGCUGGAUUUUAAAUAAAACUAUGGCAAUAUAUUAUGCCACUAAAUAUUUUGCCAUAUUCUGCAUUGGGUUGCAUAGUAUGGCAAAAUAUGCUUGGACAUGUUGUUUUGUAAAUAACCAUGUAAUUGUCUAUUUAACUAAACGAGUUUUAUAAAUUCAUCAAGUAAAAAUGAACUAUGUCUUAAAAACAAAACAUUUGAAUUUAUUUAGUUGAACUUUUGGAAUAUGCCAAAUUUUGGUCUGUUUGGCUCUUUCAGGUGAUUUUUUCUAUAACUCUGCCAAAUCAACCACUAUCCUUUUCUAUCACAAGAAGCCAUUCAGGACUUUGCCGCAAUACUAGGUCUCUUUUUCCCAUCGGCUAUUUGCAUGUCUGGGUACACAACUCUCUUGGCAGGAGCAUGUGCUUCCAUGUUGUCUAAAAAUCUGUGAAAUUCUUCACACGUCUCUGCAUCUCGUUCGCAGCCAGUAAGAGCACGCUUCUCCAAAAACAGACCAAGUCUUUCACGAUGUUGGAGCGUAAUGCUUCUGGUCCAAUCUGGAUCUUCGAGACCUGUCACUUCUCUGACCUUUUCUGCAAUAAACU